CUAUACUCAUAGGUUUACAUUCAUUCGUGGGGAACUGGAACAUCACCCAGAUUCGAUUCCGUGGCGUGGGAGGGUGAGCAUCAUGAUCAUAAACGUGACGUCAGCAUCGCACCCAUUAGCAGCCACCGAGGCUGAGGGUUCAGAGAACCUGGCCAGGUAGAGGAACCGUCAGGUUGGUUAUAGGGAAACCUGGGUCUAAGGAGCCAAGAUCAAUUGUUUGGGUGCAUAUUAUGCACUGGAGUCAUCAGGCGGAAACAUGUACGUGAGUUAUCUCUUGGAGAAGGACACCAGUAUGUACCCGAAUUCCGUAAGACACCCAACCCUAAACCUGAACCCUCAGAAUUUUGUCCCCACACCUCCUCAGUAUCCAGACUUCACAGGAUACCAUCACGUCCCUGGAAUUAGCAGCGACCCUCACCACAGCCAGACAGGAGCCUGGAAUCCCGCGUAUCCUCCUCCGCGAGAGGAAUGGACACCUUACGGGCCGGGAACCGGACCUUCGACCUCGAGCACAGGUCAGCUGGGCUUCAGUCCUCCAGAGUUUUCGUCUGUUCAAGCGCCUGGCCUUCUACCAUCCUCCAUAAACACAUCAGUCGGUCAGCUGUCGCCCAACUCUCAGAGACGGAACCCCUACGACUGGAUGCGUCGGAGCGCGCCGCCGCCAAACUCAGGAGGGAAGACCAGAACGAAAGACAAAUACCGGGUGGUGUACACGGAUCAUCAGCGUCUGGAGCUGGAGAAAGAGUUUCAUUACAGCCGUUACAUCACAAUAAGAAGAAAGGCAGAGCUGGCGACAGCCCUCGGUCUGUCAGAGAGACAGGUGAAGAUCUGGUUCCAGAACCGGCGUGCAAAAGAGAGGAAAGUCAAUAAAAAGAAGAUGCAACAGCCUCAGCCGGCAUCCACGACCACACCGACCCCCCCUGGUUCAGCGCUGCCUGGCAGUGUCCCCAUGGUGUCCAGCAGCAGCAGUGGCCUGGUGUCACCAUCUAUACCAAUGACUAUCAAAGAAGAGUACUGAAGACGGGCAGACUAUGACUGUUAGCUGUUUUUAUAGAGAGCCCUUUCACACUUUUACACACAGAGUACUUUCAAAUCAACCCAUCAAUGAAAACACAACACGAAUGUGACAACCGUGACAAAGACUGUGAAAAAAUAGGAAUAAAAAGUAGUCAAGAAGCAUUGAAAAGUAAUGCAGCAACAUUUGAAGUACACAUGAAUCUGAAAGGUUGCAUGUGUAAUAUAACUCCGGUCAUGUCGGUUUCUUUAUUCCUGCUGUUGUUUCGCUCAUCGCUGUAAACUUUAAUACGUUUUGAGAUUGUAAAAGUGAAUUCAAAUAACUGUAUAUUUCUAAAGUAGUUUGCAUUAAUAAAAUAUAUGUUUUAUUGUGGCAAAGUGAUUCAUUUCAGACUUCAGCUGAGGACAGCCAUCCAUUUUCAUAUCUGUCAACUCGUGUCUUCCCACAGAUAUCAGAAACCGAGCUGUUCGUGUCCAGAACUGAUUUGUCAGUUUUCAUAUUCACUUGAGGGAGACUUUGAGGGAAAUGUCAGAUGUGUUUUAUCAGCACUUCAUCGAGAUCGGAGAAGAGCGGCUAGCGUGCGAGUGAAUAGACGGCACUCGAGCAGGAGCUGGUGCUGUUUGCACAGUGUAACGGCAUCGCUGGAUAAGAGACGAGUGCACACUGAGGAACUGUGAGCUAUUUCAUUAUCAAGCACACUCUGGACUCUCUUAUCAUCGGUGUGACAGAGAAGCUCAGCUUGACGGGCAGUACAUAUCUCCUCUAUGGCGUCGCCGCAACAGGACCUGUUUUAUGACCACGUUAACAAAGCCAGGGUGUGGCGUCCAAAGGCCGAGGCGAAGGACUGUUGAGCAAACAAUAUGCAUCUGUCUGCAUACAUGUCCAUUCACAGAGAGUGUCCAUAUGUCCAUACUGAACCUUCAUCUUCAUCUCUGCGAACGGUGUAUUUAGU